AAAGGCAUCUUGCAUCAGCCUGUGGAUGUAUGCCUACCACCAGGCUCCUUCACCAGCAAAGUGGAAAAAGAAGCGUUUCACAACAAAUUCUUCUUUCUGGGUUGGGGAAACGCAGUGGAUUAUAGCUCUGUUUUCUUCUUUCCAAAACUGUGCACCCCUGGAUGAAACCUCCAUCAAGGGAGAUCUACAAGUUGCCUGGGGUUCAAUGCUCUAGAAAGUUCCAAGGUUUUUGGCUUGAAUUGUUCUAAAGAAGCUGAAAUAAUUGAAGAGAAGUAGAGGCCAGCUGUUUUUGAGGAUCCUGCUCCACAGAGAAUGCUCUGCCCCUGUUGAUAUGCCUCCCAGGACCCAGAGGGAGACUAUAGCCUCAUUUCUGUGGAGACCUUUGGCUGGACUCUCCUGGCUCUCCCAGAGACUCCAGUUCCAACACCAUCUUCUGAGAUGAUCCUGAUUCCCAGAAUGCUCUUGGUGCUGUUCCUGCUGCUGCCUAUCUUGAGUUCUGCAAAAGCUCAGGUUAAUCCAGCUAUAUGCCGCUAUCCUCUGGGCAUGUCAGGAGGCCAGAUUCCAGAUGAGGACAUCACAGCUUCCAGUCAGUGGUCAGAGUCCACAGCUGCCAAAUAUGGAAGGCUGGACUCAGAAGAAGGAGAUGGAGCCUGGUGCCCUGAGAUUCCAGUGGAACCUGAUGACCUGAAGGAGUUCCUGCAGAUUGACUUGCACAUCCUCCAUUUUAUCACUCUGGUGGGGACCCAGGGGCGCCAUGCAGGGGGUCACGGCAUCGAGUUUGCCCCCAUGUACAAGAUCAAUUACAGUCGGGAUGGCACUCGCUGGAUCUCUUGGCGGAACCGUCAUGGGAAACAGGUGCUGGAUGGAAAUAGUAACCCCUAUGACAUUUUCCUAAAGGACUUGGAGCCACCCAUUGUGGCCAGAUUUGUCCGGUUCAUUCCAGUCACCGACCACUCCAUGAAUGUGUGCAUGAGGGUGGAGCUUUACGGCUGUGUCUGGCUAGAUGGCUUGGUGUCUUACAAUGCUCCAGCUGGGCAGCAGUUUGUACUCCCUGGAGGUUCCAUCAUUUAUCUGAAUGAUUCUGUCUAUGAUGGAGUUGUUGGAUACAGCAUGACAGAAGGGCUAGGCCAAUUGACUGAUGGUGUGUCUGGCCUGGACGAUUUCACCCAGACCCAUGAAUACCACGUGUGGCCCGGCUAUGACUAUGUGGGCUGGCGGAAUGAGAGUGCCACCAAUGGCUACAUUGAGAUCAUGUUUGAAUUUGACCGCAUCAGGAAUUUCACUACCAUGAAGGUCCACUGCAACAACAUGUUUGCUAAAGGUGUGAAGAUCUUUAAGGAGGUACAGUGCUACUUCCGCUCUGAAGCCAGUGAGUGGGAACCUAAUGCCAUUUCCUUCCCCCUUGUCCUGGAUGACGUCAACCCCAGUGCUCGGUUUGUCACAGUACCUCUUCACCACCGAAUGGCCAGUGCCAUCAAGUGUCAAUACCAUUUUGCUGAUACCUGGAUGAUGUUCAGUGAGAUCACCUUCCAAUCAGAUGCUGCAAUGUACAACAACUCUGGAGCCCUGCCCACCUCUUCUAUGGCACCCACAACCUAUGAUCCAAUGCUUAAAAUUGAUGACAGCAACACCCGGAUCUUGAUUGGCUGCUUGGUGGCCAUCAUCUUUAUCCUCCUGGCCAUCAUUGUCAUCAUCCUCUGGAGGCAGUUCUGGCAGAAAAUGCUGGAGAAGGCUUCUCGGAGGAUGCUGGAUGAUGAAAUGACAGUCAGCCUUUCCCUGCCAAGUGAUUCUAGCAUGUUCAACAAUAACCGCUCCUCAUCACCUAGUGAACAAGAGUCCAACUCGACUUACGAUCGCAUCUUCCCCCUUCGCCCUGACUACCAGGAGCCAUCCAGACUGAUACGAAAACUCCCAGAAUUUGCUCCAGGGGAGGAGGAGUCAGGCUGCAGCGGUGUUGUGAAGUCAGUCCAGCCCAGUGGCCCUGAGGGGGUGCCCCACUAUGCAGAGGCUGACAUAGUGAACCUCCAGGGAGUGACAGGAGGCAACACAUACUCAGUGCCUGCCGUCACCAUGGACCUGCUCUCAGGAAAAGAUGUGGCUGUGGAGGAGUUCCCCAGGAAACUCUUAACUUUCAAAGAGAAGCUGGGAGAAGGACAGUUUGGGGAGGUUCAUCUCUGUGAAGUGGAGGGAAUGGAAAAAUUCAAAGACAAAGAUUUUGCCCUAGAUGUCAGUGCCAACCAGCCUGUCCUGGUGGCUGUGAAAAUGCUCCGAGCAGAUGCCAACAAGAAUGCCAGGAAUGAUUUUCUUAAGGAGAUAAAGAUCAUGUCUCGGCUCAAGGACCCAAACAUCAUCCAUCUAUUAGCUGUGUGUAUCACUGAUGACCCUCUCUGCAUGAUCACUGAAUACAUGGAGAAUGGAGAUCUCAAUCAGUUUCUUUCUCGCCAUGAGCCCCCUAAUUCUUCCUCCAGCAAAGUACCCACUGUCAGUUACACCAAUCUGAAGUUUAUGGCUACCCAGAUUGCCUCUGGCAUGAAGUACCUUUCCUCUCUUAAUUUCGUUCACCGAGAUCUGGCCACACGAAAUUGCUUAGUGGGUAAGAACUACACAAUCAAGAUAGCUGACUUUGGAAUGAGCAGGAACCUGUACAGUGGUGACUAUUACCGGAUCCAGGGCCGGGCAGUGCUCCCUAUCCGCUGGAUGUCUUGGGAAAGUAUCUUGCUGGGCAAGUUCACUACAGCAAGUGAUGUGUGGGCCUUUGGGGUUACUUUGUGGGAGACUUUCACCUUUUGCCAGGAACAGCCCUAUUCCCAGCUAUCAGAUGAACAGGUUAUUGAGAAUACUGGAGAGUUCUUCCGAGACCAAGGGAGGCAGACUUACCUCCCUCAACCAACUAUUUGCCCUGACUCUGUGUAUAAGCUGAUGCUUAGCUGCUGGAGAAGAGAUACGAAGAAUCGUCCCUCAUUCCAAGAAAUCCACCUUCUGCUCCUUCAACAAGGCGAUGAGUGAUGCUGUCAGUGCCUGGCCAUGUUCCUACGGCUCAGGUCCUCUCUACAAGACCUACCACUCACCCACGCUUAUGCCACUCCAUCUGGACAUUUAAUGAACCUGAGAGACAGAGGCUUGUUUGCUUUGCUGUCUGUUCCUGGUCACCCCCACUCCCUACUCCUGACUCAUAUAUACUUUUUGUUUUUUUUUUUUUUUUUUUUUUACAUUAAAAAAC